GAGAGAAACGGCAGAAAACAGAGAGAGCGACGCCGGGAGGGAAAAAGGAGAGGCCUUUAAUUUCUGUUUGCUGAAGAGGAGGGAGUUAGCGAGUGAGCCAACGAGUUGAGAGUGAGAGUGAGAGUGAGAGUAAUUCGGUGAGUGAGUCGAGUUUAUAGUAUAACUGACUUGGAAAUGAGUAGUGAACGCGGCGGUGGAAGAAUGGUAGUGUCGGACCGGGAUAUAGCGGAGGCGUUAGACGCACUCCUCCGUGAAUCGAACCCUAACAACCUUCCUUUCAAUUCCAUAAACGGCAUCGUUCAGCACCUUGAGUCCAAAUUAGGGCUAAACCUCUCCCACAAAAUCGACUUCAUUCGUUCCCAGAUCCAACUCUACUUCCAGCCACCUCCCCAGCAUCACAAGGACCAUUUUACCCUCCACCAAAACCCCAAUUUUCACCCCCACCACCACCACCAUCCCGUUUCCGCCCCCCAUACCCAGUUCCAUUCCCCCAAUUUCGGCUUCCCGCAUCCUCAGGACUACGGGUUUCGGCCUCCGCCGCCGCUGCAGCAGCAACAGCAACAAACGCGGCCCCAACUUCCGCCGCCACUUGCUGCCGCUGUUACUUCUCCGACUCCAGCCCCUGUCGCUGCUCCCGAAGCACCCAAGGAAAGUGCUUCAAGUGGGAAAAAAAGGAGAGGUGGUCCAGGUGGACUAAAUAAACUCUGUGGUGUUUCUCCUGAACUUCAGGCAGUUGUGGGUCAGGCAACAAUGCCCAGGACUGAGAUUGUGAAGCAACUUUGGGCGUACAUAAGGAAAAAUAACCUCCAAGAUCCUAACAACAAAAGGAAGAUAAUUUGCAACGAUGAGCUGCGUGUGGUAUUUGAGACAGACUGUACUGAUAUGUUCAAGAUGAACAAGUUGCUAGCUAAGCAUAUAAUCCCUCUUGAACCUACAAAACAAACAGCUCAAAACGCUAAGAAAGCAAAAAUAGAGGUGGAAUCUGGAAGUGAAAGUGCUAAUACAGUUCCAGUUGUGGUAAUAUCUGAAGCGCUUGCGAAUUUCUUUGGUACUGAUGAAAGAGAGAUGUCCCAGGCUGAGGUACUACGGCAGGUGUGGGAAUACAUUAAGGUCAAUCAGCUCGAGGAUCCCUUGAAUUCGAUGGCAAUCAUGUGUGAUGCAAAACUCCAAGAGCUUUUUGGAUGUCAGAGUAUUUCUGCACUGGGCAUACCAGAGAUGCUAGCAAGACUCCAUCUACUUAAGAAAUCAUGAUUGCUAAUCAGGUUGACUGGUAAAUGGUGUUCUGCUAACUCGUUACGUUCUGACAUUGGCUAAUGUUACUUACCACAAGAAUUUGGGUGCUUUCCAACUUCACUUGCAUAGUUUUGGUGUGGGUUAGGGAAGGUAAGUUAUGAUGAACAGAACGAAUGUGUAUUUUGGGCUAAUUGCAAGUUUUGUGUCAUAGCCUGUGAUUGUUCUAGGUUUUUAAUCUAUGUUUUCUUCAGGCAUCUUUUCUAAUGGUAGUUUCUGACACUUGUAAAGAUGCAGAAGGUAGGAAGACAGGAGAAAUGUAAAAGAUGAUUCCAUGUAUUUUCUGAAUGAAAUAUGUAAUUCUGAAUUUCUGCUGUUUACGAA